UGAAGUAGUGUCUUGUCAUGCUAAUAUAUUUAUGAGACUAUUGGUUCCGAAACUAUCUUCUAUUAGUUAAAUGGAAUACGAAUGGGUAUUUUUUAAACUUCUUCAUUUUAAAGAUAUAAAUGUCAUGACAAUGUGCCAAAGCUGCCAUUUGUACGUGGACAAAGCUACUUCAACUGUAUGAUAUGGACAUGGAAAUAACUAUGUGGCAUGAAAUAACAUGUGUUUAUGUGUGAAUGUUGCCAGUAUUAACUUUAUCCCUGUUCAACAACGCCUAUAUGAUGACAGACUUCUGUUAAAGAUGACACAUCAACACAUUGAUUUGUACUGCUGCUGACGACAGGUUGUGGUGAAAUCAAUGGGAGGAAAAGUUUCGCUUUGCCCCAACGUGUAGAUGGAGCUGUGCAUGAGUUCACACAUCACAGAACAUGAAUUGCAUUCGGUGUCAAUAGUGUAAGUCAGUGUGUGUGGACCGGGGGCUGACUGAGAAAAGGGGCGCUGACAGACGCACCGUGCUCCCAGCAAUUACACUAUCAAGUGUGUUUGGAAAAACUUUGAAAUGGAGGAAACGGAGGCAUCGUAACUGGACGACGCUCAUCUAACAAGAAACCAGAUGGGUGUUUUGUAGAAGUCCAGGUGCUCCGUGUUGGAGUGCUGCAACUGAUGAUUUGAAGGUUUCCCACCUCCUCAGUUUCACCUUCCUGAGCCCAACAAAAAUAAACAUGACUGUGGCCAAUGCAAAGUCUGGCUCAGCAAUGCAGCAGGUAUUGGACAACCUGAAGGAGCUACCAACAGGUACCAAAGACAUCGACCUCAUCUUCCUGAGGGGCAUCAUGGAGAGUCCCGUUGUCCGCUCCCUUGCUAAGGCCCAUGAACGUCUUGAAGAAGUGACGUUAAAGGCGGUACAGGACGACAAUGUCCAGCUGGUCACAGAGAUCCUGGAUUCUCUCAACGACCGGACAGAAAAUGAUGCCGCUGCUGCAGAGCUUGCUAAAAUUCUCCAAGAGCCUCAUUUUAAGUCUCUGAUAGAGGCUCAUGACCAAGUGGCUGCAAAGUGCUACGAGAUGCCUCAACACUCCCUGGACAGCAAUACCUUGGUGACUAGUUCACCGUUGCCAAUUGAUGCUAUCAGGAUGAUUGGGAUCCAAAAGAAGGCUGGAGAACCACUGGGGGUGACUUUCCGUGUGGAGCGGGGGGAGAUGGUGAUCGCACGGAUCCUGCACGGCAGUUCGAUUGACAGGCAGGGCAUGCUGCACACUGGGGACAUAAUUCGCGAGGUGAACGGUCACGAGGUCGGCAGCAACCCCCACGAACUCCAGGAGCUGCUGAGAGACUGCAGUGGGAGCAUCACGCUCAAAGUGGUGCCCAGUUACAGAGAGACACCAGCACCACCUCAGGUUUAUCUGAAGCCACACUUUAACUACAAUCCCAAUUCUGACAACCUGAUCCCCUGUAAAGAAGCAGGCCUGGCUUUCUCCAAGGGAGAGAUUCUCCAUGUAGUAAACAAGGAGGACACAAACUGGUGGCAGGCAUGCAAAGUCAAUGGUGGAGCCACCGGUCUCAUCCCCAGUCAGUACUUGGAGGAGAAAAGAAAAGCGUUUGUGAGAAAAGACUGGGACACUCAGGGUUCUGGGAUGCUCUGUGGGACUCGAAACUCAAAGAAAAAGAAGAAAAAAUUGAUGUACCUGACUGCCAAAAACGCUGAGUUUGAUCGUUAUGAGCUGCAGAUUUAUGAAGAGGUAGCCAAGAUGCCGCCGUUCCAGAGGAAAACACUUAUCCUGAUUGGAGCACAGGGAGUUGGCAGACGGAGCCUGAAAAACAGACUUACCGUCCUGGAGCCUUUAAAAUUUGGGACAACUGUUCCUUUCACUUCACGGCGUCCCAGAGAAGAGGAGAAUAAUGGACAGAAUUACUGCUUUGUGACACGUGAAGAAAUGGAGAAGGACAUCAAGAAGGGCAGAUACCUGGAGCACGGCGAGUACGAUGGCAACCUUUAUGGUACCAAGAUUGACUCCAUCCACGAAGUGGUGUCUAUGGGCCGUACCUGCAUCCUGGAUGUCAACCCCCAGGCCCUGAAAGUUCUGAAGACUGCUGAGUUUAUGCCAUUUGUGGUGUUUAUUGCUGCUCCUGAGCUGGACACGCUGCGAGCUAUGCACAAAGCUGUAGUUGAUGCUGGACUCACUACUAAACUUUUAACGGAAAACGAUCUGAAGAAGACUGUAGAUGAAAGUGCCAGGAUCCGCCGGGCAUACAGUCACUACUUUGACCUGACCAUUGUUAAUGACAAUCUGGACAAAGCCUUCGACAAACUGCAGCAGGCAGUGGAGGUACUAUUCACAGAACCGCAGUGGGUACCGGUCAGCUGGGUGUACUGAUGAACUACUCCCCCUGCUGGACAGACAAGGCUGUUGGCGCUGCAAGGUCUGCGAUUAUUAGGGUAUGUAUUCCCUGUAUUGCACACAGACUGAAUCCCGUGUAAUUUGGGUGUUGCACAAAGCUGCAUCAGAGUCACCUUGUUCUAAAAACGCCAGAUAUAGUCAAACACACUAUGCAAAUCACAGCACACAGGACGUGUUCUUAUUGGGAAAUAACUUUUUAAAGAGUUCUACAUCUUCAGACAAGAAGAUGAGGCUGACUGGGAUGUCAGUGUGUUUUGAAGUGAAACAUGUUUUGCCAUAUUCAUUUUCAACUAACAUCAGUAUGAACGAUAUGUGAAAUUUAUUUAUUAUAUUAGGAGCAAGAGGGUUUUCUUAAUUGAAAAGAAUACCUCAGUGUUUCAGUUUACAGUACUCACAUCACCAGUGUUUCAUCUCAAUCAUCACUACAAGAUUAGAAUGGUGUCAUCUGCAUAUUAUCUCACAAUUUCUGUCUAAUUUAACCAUAUCAUGCCACCUACUGUUUAUUCCUGUACAGGACGUAGUACAUCAGUGUUGACUCAAUAUUUUCCUUGCACUCAAGUACAUAAAUUCUGUUGAGUGUCCAAAGCCUAGAUCAUAUGUUUGUUUUUGACUGGAAGAACAGUUAAUGGUUGUGUGUCAGUAAGGACUUUUGAGCAGGGUGCUGUAACUCAGUGAACCGUCCCUCUUGAUGUGACAUUGCUAAAAAAAACUUAACUGUUUUGAUUUAAUUUCAUAUUGACUUAUAAAGGUAUAUUUUACAAGAUUUCGGGAAAAAGAUGUAUUUUCAUUUGUGAAAUAAAAAAAACAAGUGUUUUUUAAA